AUGGCAGGUGUAGCCAUUCUUGACUCAGCCGGUUACAACCUCACCGGUUCAACACUUAGACUCAGAGGCGGCGUCCAGAGCCCUGACCAAGUAUUCGAAACUCCGGCAGCCAGCGGGCCAGGCCGAAAAAGGAAAAUCGUUGCUGAUGAGAGUCCAUGCGAGAUCAAGGAGAAACUUAACACAUGUUUCUCUGGUAUCGACACGAACAUUCUCGAAUGCCGUGCCGUUAUCGAGGAAAGGGUUAGGGUUUUUCAAAUGCGGCAAUACCUGGCGGGACCAAAUAGCUCACUUUCUGGACGAAAUAUUUAUCGCCAGCAGAAGGGUUGCAAUAGAGACCGCAGAAGCUAUAGGAUAGAUAGCCUCUUGAAAAGAAGAUCUCCGCGAGGCUCUUAUCACCAACGGUGA